GGGGGCGGGAGUCGCGCGCGCGCGCGCGCCCAGACAGCAGCGACAGCCCUUAGCAGCCAAGCGGCCAGGAGGGAGCCAGACGGGCUGGUGCCGCGGUGGAAACUGCAGCUGGGACCUGUGGGGCGGGGGUGCCGCGCCCUCCCUCCCUCGCCAGAGACCCCGCCGCCCCUUCCCGGGGGCAGUAUGAGGCCGGCGGCGCGGCUGUGAUCCCCGCCGCAGAGGGGCAGCCCCGUCCCCGGCUCCUUCGCAGCGGCCGCCCCAGUCCCCGUGAGAGCGGUGCCCCGGGAGCUAUGAGCCAUGAAGCCUCCUGGCAGCAGCGCCCGGCGGCAGCCCCUCUCCGGCCGCAGCCUCCCCGAAGCCGCCUCCUGCCUGAGGCUCCGGCCGCCGAGCCGCCUGCACCUGCUGCUGGGGCUGCUGCUCCUCUCCGGCCCCGCCUGGCCCCGGCCCUGGGGGGCUGCUGCAGCCACCGCUCUGCAUUGGAAUGAAACUGCAGGAGGAAUAGCAGGAGCACUGGCAGAUAAAGAGAAUACAUUUCUACAGAUAAACAGCAGUAGGAGUAAGAAUAACAAUGAGAGCAAUGAAAUUCAGAAAGAAAUCACGCUGCCUUCAAGACUGGUCUAUUAUAUCAACAGAGACUCUGAAAGCCCUUACCAUAUCCUGGACACUAGGGCAAGACACCAGCAGAAACACAACAAGGCUGUGCAUCUGGCCCAGGCAAGUUUCCAGAUUGAGGCCUUUGGCUCCAAAUUCAUCCUUGACCUCACAUUGAAUAAUGAUUUGUUAUCCUCCGAUUAUGUGGAGAUUCACUAUGAAGACGGAAAACCACAAUUUUCUAAGGGUGGAGAGCACUGUUAUUAUCAUGGAAACAUCAGAGGUGUCCAGAACUCCAAAGCUGCCCUUUCAACAUGUAAUGGACUUAAUGGCAUGUUUGAAGAUAGCAUGUAUGUGUACUUCAUAGAACCAAUGGAUCUGACCCACAGUGCAAAAAGCACAGGCAGGCCACACAUCAUCCAGAGGACUUUGGGAACACAAACCUUGAGGCAAAUGAAGAAUGCUGAGACAGAAUCUAGUUCUAAGUGGUCCUUCCUGUCUGAGUUACAGUGGCUCAGGAAAAGGAGAAGAAGGAGGGCUGUGAGUGCAUCUCGUGGUAUAUUUGAAGAGAUGAAAUAUCUGGAGCUCAUGAUUGUCAAUGACCAUAAAAUGUUCAAAAAACAUCGUUCUUCCCAUGCGUACACAAACAACUUUGCAAAAUCUGUGGUAAACCUUGUAGAUGCUAUAUACAAGGAACAGCUGAACACCAGGGUGGUUUUGGUUGCUGUGGAAACCUGGACAGACAGGGAUCGGAUUAACAUUCGCCCUGACCCUCUGCAGAUGCUUCAUGACUUCUCCAAAUAUCGACAGUACUAUAUCAAACAGCAUACUGAUGCUGUACACCUACUCUCGAAUGUGACAUUCCACUACAAGAGAAGUAGCUUGAGUUAUUUUGGAGGGGUUUGUUCCGUGACCAGAGGAGUUGGAGUGAAUGAGUAUGCCCUCCCAUUGGCUAUGGCACAGGAAUUAUCACAAAGUUUGGCUCAGAACCUGGGAAUACAGUGGGAGCCAGCAACCAGAAAACCGAAAUGUGACUGCAUAGAAUCCUGGGGUGGCUGCAUCAUGGAGGAAACAGGGGUUUACCACUCCAGAAAAUUUUCAAGAUGCAGCAUUGCAGAAUACAAAGAAUUUUUACUCAGAGGGGGAGGUGCCUGUCUUUUCAACAGGCCAACAAAGUUGUUUGAAACUCCCGAAUGUGGAAAUGGAUAUGUAGAAGCAGGAGAAGAAUGUGAUUGUGGUUUCCGAAUGGAAUGCUAUGAAAACUGCUGUAAAAAGUGCUCUCUCUCUAAUGGAGCUCACUGUAGUGAUGGACCCUGCUGUAACACAUCCUGUCUUUUUUUCCCACGAGGCUAUGACUGUCGAUAUGCAGUGAAUGAGUGUGAUAUUACAGAGUACUGUACUGGCGACUCUGGUCAGUGCCCAUCAAAUCUUCAUAAACAAGAUGGAUAUGCUUGUGAUUCUAAUCAGGGACGUUGCUAUAAUGGAGAAUGCAAGACAAGAGACAAUCAGUGCAAAUACAUUUGGGGAAUUAAGGCUACAGGGUCUGACAAAUUCUGUUAUGAGAAGCUUAAUACAGAAGGCACAAAAAAAGGAAACUGUGGAAAGGAUGGAGACCAAUGGAUUCAGUGCAGUAAACAUGAUGUGUUCUGUGGCUUUUUGCUCUGCACUAAUCUUAGUCGAGUUCCACGAAUUGGUCAUCUUCAGGGAGAAAUUACCCCAACCUCUUUUUACCAUCAGGGGCGUGUAGUGGACUGCAGCGGUGCUCAUGUGCUUUUAGAUGACGAUACAGAUUUGGGAUAUGUGGAAGAUGGAGCUCCAUGUGGCCCUCACAUGAUGUGUCUAGACAGGAAGUGCCUACCAAUUCAGUCCUUGAACAUAAGCAGCUGCCCUAUUGGUUCUAAUGGAAAAGUCUGUUCAAAUCAUGGGGUGUGUAGUAAUGAAGCCACUUGCAUUUGUAAUUUCUCCUGGGCAGGGACAGACUGCAGUAUUGAUGACCCUAUCAGGAAUACUCCCAACAAGAAGGAUGAAGGACCUAAGGGUUAUCAGGUGUUCACAUGCACCACAACAUACUGUGGUGUCAAGUCCAAAUCAAACGUAAGCUGCAAUUAAGCCAAUUUUGUUCAUGAACUUAGUGGGUCAGUUUGGUAUAAAUCAGCAAAACAAACUAGGAUUUAUUUUUAGACAUUUUCUGGAAAGAUAUGGAUAAAAAUAGGAAUGAAAAGUUGUUGUGAUCAAGUCUCAGUAAAAUGUUUGGUGCACAUAGAUUUUAAGGAACAUAUUUAGUGAAUUUGAGUUAAAUGUUGCUAGUGAACACCCUGUUAGGAACUAUAUUUUGUUUCACAGAAGACCUUGUUUAUAUUUUGAUGAAGUAGUAAUUGUUUUUUGUACUGCAGUAGUGUUUAGGGGCCCCUCUCAUGGGUCAGAGCUGCACUGUUCUAGGCACUAUGCAAACACAUAACAUGCAUUGAUGGUGAAGUUCACAUAAUGGCAGCAGAUCCAUGGACCGCCCUUCAAACAUGACAAUGUUUCAUUAAGGACUAAAGUGGAAACGGAAUGAGGGGUUAGUUAAUGUGGGCAGUCUUGUGUGGGCCCUCUGAAUUUCACAUUUAGGCUCAGUUUCCAGUUCUUUUUAAUAUAGAAAUACUUGACAGUGGUGAAUGUGUACAUGUGUAGUUUUGCUAGAGUAACGCAUUUAGUUGCUUUUUUUAAAUGCUGGUUUGAUAGUUUGUUACAUUUUGAAAGGGGAUACUAGUAAAUAACAACAUUAAGUAGUAGUACUGGUAAGGGCUAAAUUAAAAAAAUAUGUGGGAAGUUUCUUUUGAGAUGGCAUAAUAGUCCUCCGAAUGUGGAAUAAACUAGUAGGGGAGGUGCUGCGGUUGGUAGAAAUGUGUAGGCACAGUACUAUUCCCAGAAAUAGCUGCUAAGAUCCAGAGCUUUCCUGCCAAGUGGAGGAUUACUCAGUGGGCCAAAUAUUUACCCAAUCCCUACACUUCUGCAUAAAGGCAUCUUUAGGAAUUUAAAUUGAGCCAAAUCCUGUAUCCUGUAGAUACUGGAAAGUCAAAAAUUAUCAGCAGUGCUAUAUUUCCAUUGUGGUGUAGGGCAUUACAGUAGAGAGCCUGUGCAAUGAAAUUCUGAAACCUUGUGUAUGCUUCAUAUAGGAACUACGUACAAGCUCUCUGAUUUGUCAGGAACAUCUAUUUUUCCUUCCACUCUGCAUUUCCUUGCAAAGUGUGUGCAGUGGGUCCAUGAGCAGCAUGAAUCCACCUGCUCAAAAUCAAAUAACAGGCUAUGUCUACUACUGUUCCUCAUGCCAACAGAUGGCAGCAGACUAGCUAAGCUGGUUCCCUAGACUCUAUCACUGUUUUGACGCUGAUGAUCCCAUCCCCCAGCUUUGUUGUUUUAAUUUGCAAUUUCACAUAGCAACAGCCUGGUUACUGUGGGUUUGCUCACUUUUUCAAGAUCUGGUGUGGGGAAACACUAUUGAUUUGAAGGACUGUGCAGUCAUUGGAGUAACCCUUAAUUUUGUUGGCAAUACUUUGUGUUUCUGUGAACAUGGAGGAAGGCACCUACUUACAAGAACAUAAUAUACUGCAAUAGCAACACUAGUAGUUAGUUGCUACUAAAAUAGGCAGUGUGUUUGUACAUUAGUUGCUGUGGUCUUCUCAAAACACUUAUAAGCAAAGAGGAGAAAAAAUAGGUUACAUCAAAACUGUAAUUAAAGACUGGGGUAGCAGUGGAUUUAUUUUGUAUAUUUAUUUUUGCAAAGAAUGAACUAUGCUGUCAAAAGGGUUAAAAGCAACUACCCUAAAUGGAAUGUAGGUGAUUAUUGCUUUGCACUGUGGCUUGUUAUCAUUAUGCUAUGAGUAUUUUAUUUUUAACAGAAGUAAUAGUUGUGUUUUUCUUGGAUUCAGACCUAAUGGAGACUGAACUUUUAUUACUGUAAAUUAUUGAAACUGGGAUUAAAUGUAAAAAAAAGUUAAUGCUGUGUUAGAGUUCCAUGGCUAAAACAGCGCCAAAAACAAUAGGCAAUGCAGAAGUUAAGGUGGUGGCCUCAGCAUUCUCUGUAGCGUGACCCUUCUCCCGAGGGCUCAUCUCCUCUUCCUCACAUUGGUGUUUACUGCACUAGUGAAGGCACCCACACUGUUCUUCCUCCUCCUCUGGCCAAUGAGCAUGUAUGGGUCUGGAGCCUUGAAGAAGAGCCAAUGUUUAUACGGGCUGGAGGAGGAAAUAGGGAGCCCUAAACAGCAGCCUCUUGUGGAGUGGAAGGGAAGUGGUCUUAGUGCUUCUGCUUUUUGCUGCUGAGGAAGAAUGAGCAGAAGGGGCCAAGAGGGAGUCCAAAAGAGCAGCCGUUGCUAGCAUCAGGGAGCAUACCCGUCUUCCUGAAACAGCAGUGAAGCCAGGUGAAGUUCUAGGGGUAUGUCUAUACAGCAUUUGGAUCAAGCCUCCCAGCCUCAGUCGACAGACUAAGGCUAGCAGGGCUUGUGUUAGUCCUUUAAAAAUAGCUGCAUAGCCAGCAUUUUAAAGUUAGCACUCAGAUUGGAGCUUGGGCUCUGAAGCCUAGGAGAGGGGUCAAACCUGGCUGGGAGGCUCACUCCAAAAUGCUGUGUAGAGAUUCCCCUAUUGGCCAGAGAGGGUUGGCUGCUGUUCAGUAUUUCAGAACAACUAUUCCCAGAGGUAGCUGAGGCAGCCAGCAGGGAAAGACCACACUCCUGUCAAUCCUAGCCAGGCCUGUCUCCUACCUCCUCAAGAUAGGGCCCAGGAUAUCUACCCGCCUGUGGUAGGCCAAAUUCUGCGCUCAGAUGCACAAAUUUGUGUUUUCAGUGGAAUCCAUAUUAAUUCAUUUGGGGGAAGAAUGUGACUGAGUUUGUGUUUAGUUCUAGGGAACUAAACAUUUAACAAGGUAUUGCUAAAACUAAUCAUCUUCCAACAUUUCCAUUUUAAACCUCAGUUUUAAGUAUUUUACAACUGAGCUAUAAAAAUGAUUUGCACUUUGAUAUACAUCUUUUCUGCUAAUAAUUUGUUUUAUAAUCAGAAGCUGCGUUUUGCAUUUUUGAAGUUACAAAAAUAUAGCAUAGUAGUCUUAGAUGUAAUUGGAUGUUAAUGGCGCCUUUAGUCCAUUAUAUGAACUGGGCUUUUUGGAUAUACCUAUAUGUGUGUGUGUGUGUGUAUAUGUGUGUGUUUUUAAAUAUUAAGGGCUAAUGCAUGCUUUGAAGCCACAGCCUGCAAUAGGGGCCAGAGCAAAGCCGCACUGCCACAUUGGAAGCUCCUGAGGCUUCCUGGGACAAAGCACAGCCUCUGCAAUACCCUUUAACACAGUAGUUCCCAAACUUUAACAACCUGUGAACUUCUUUCACUAAAAUGUCAAGUCUCGCAAACCCCCUCCUAAAAAUGAAUAUUUCAAGGGAUUUUCUCCUUUACCUGAGUAUAAAUUAUAAAAGCAGUGAUCUUGGAAAUAUAAAAAUUGUUUUUAUGACAUGCUUAUUACACAAUAUUUAUUAUUAAUUAUUAUUUAUCAUUACAGUAUUUUUAUUACAUUAUGAAAACAGCAAUACUCUUCCAAUAUCUCACUUUCAUAGCUUGCAUCACUUUGAAUAAGCCUUUUAUAAGACAAGGCUCCUAUGUUUCAUGAAGGAGUAUCAGAUGUGAAACAGCAUGAAGGUAUUUUAGAAGCCAACUCAAAUUGUUCCUCCUACACAAGCAUUCAGGUCUUGAGCAGUCCAGGCAAUCAACGCUCAUUACAACAAAGCUUAAACUUGUUCUUCAUAAUAAUUUUAAAAACAAUACUAGUUGCCUAUUUAAUUUUAAAAACAGCAAAAAAUAUCCACCUCCCUUUCCAUUUCUUAUAAGGAGUCUUGAAGUUUAAAUCUCCUCAGUGUGAUAGAUAUGCUUGCUUUGAUCUGCUUAGCUCUUGGAAGUCCAGGGGCUCCGGGGUCCCUAGGGACAGCUCUGUCCGCCAUUAGGGAAUUUUUUUCCUGAGAACCCCCUGUAACAUUUUGCGGAAUCCCCAGGAGUUCACAAACCCCACUGCACAGUAUGUGGCAUGUGCCGCUCUACCCUGACUGCACAUAAGGCCCAUUCUGCUGAAUAGUAUGUGGGAGGAGCAUAACUCUUUGGGGAGUCUAGCGUUCCUGUGUGCGCUCACCCGAUAGUCCUCGUGUGCUCUGACUGCAAGGAUUGCAUUUGUGCCCAGCCCUGCACUUGGUGUAGGGGUGGGGGAAACAAUUAUACAGCCAGGUGGGGAUCUUGAUAUAGCAGGGUAGAGGGUUCAGCUGACUCUUCUGACCAGUGUUCAUCAGGAAGAUUUAUACAACGUGAUUUUUUUAGCAGUGCUUGGAGCUUAGCUAUAAUGGAGGAUUAGCAGAAUAGUAUAGGAAAUUCAUUAUGAUAAAUUGCUACACUCUAUUUGGCCUAUGAAUAAAUGGGAAUCCUUCAGUAGUAAUAUUUUUAGUUCCCUCACUUCUAGUUAUGAUUUUGGGGGAUGGGGGGAACCAAGAUUUGUUCAUAGUGGUUAGAGCAUGUGACUCUGUCAGGAGGCCUGAAUUCUUCUCUCAGUUCUGCCACUAGCUUAUUGUAUAAGCUUGGGUGAGAUAAUGUUAUCCACCUUAGUUAAGCACUCUGAGAUACUCAGAUAAGUAUUACAUAAAAGCAAGGUGUUAUUUCUUACCAAAUAAUUAAUAUGCAAAACUGAUUUACUGAACAUCAAGAAUAGUGUAUUUCAAAAACAGUUUUGUGUACUUAUUUUGAAUGUCACAUUUAGAUCCCUACACCCUUAGUUUUCAGGCAUGACAACUUUGUCAGUCUUUGAUAUUAUGGAGAAAACAGUUGUUACUAAUGAUUGACCAGAGGAAACAUAACAUUUUGAUGUAACAUAUUAAGGAAAUACUGAAAAAGAAGAAAGGCAUUAGUGGACUUAAUUUUUUACCUUUGGAAGAAUGUAUUUUCAUUUAAUGAACUGUAGGGCAUGAUCGAAAUGAGAUUUAUGGCUUUGAAAUAGACCCUAGUAGACAUUUGGUAUGAUGUGGGCUGUGUUACAGUUCCACAACAGUUUGGCAGUUGUUCCAAAGUGCGUCCAUUGCUGCUCAGAGACAGUACUAGCAGGAUUGUGCUGCUCAGGAGUACUACUUUAGCAAGGGGUCAGUUGGAAAGACCUGGGAGGUUAUAUUGAGAGGCUAGCAAAACAUGUUCCCACUGUAACUUCAUACUAAAUGUCACAGAGCCCACUCAUCAAUUUAAUAGAAAAACUGCAGGCAACACAAUUGACUUUAGUAUAGGCUUUUAGUGGUUUGUCCCCUUAAAAAUAACAGGAAUGCAAACAUUUUCCAGAAUACUCCUUUAAAUUUGGAGCUUAAUGGAUGGUUAAAUCAUCUGAAUUUUUCACAUGUAUUAGUGAUCUGAUUUUUUAGAUGUGUUUUAAAGGUAAAUAACUGUUAGUGGGGUUUGAAUUUCAGUAUGCCGUUUAACAAAUAUAGACAGUCAUUUAAAGCACUCCUUUUCAUACAUCAUAGAAAAAUAGAGAAACUGGCAGAGAGAGUAAGUCCAGAUAAGUUUUGAUUCAGAUUUAAAUAGUCAAAUAUUAUUCAGACUUCCUACUAUACAAUUCUACAUCUGACUAGAAAAACGGUAUCCAUUAAUAUCAGAUCUACUCAGAGGGUAUGAAUGCUACAGAGAUUUCUGAGUUGAUAUAUCUAAAUAGUGCAGUCAGUUUGAGUCACAAUGAGGAUUAGUACAACACCUUUCUAUAAAAAGGGGAAAAAUGAAAUUUUAAAAGCCUGUAACUCUUACGCUGCAUGCUUUAAUAACAAAUAGUCAAGCAAGCACUGGCACAAGAUCAAAGGCUGCCAGGUUCUCUGAAAGACCUGUCCUGGAUAAUUUUUCUUUUUGCACUGAUUCCUAAGUCACCUGUACAACCUAGGAAAGGCUUGCUUUCAGCUUAAACAUUACAGCAAUGGUGGUAUUGGGAGAGCACAGUCAAAAAGGAAAUUUUGGGCUUUGUGUAUAUAAUUUUUAAUUCCUGUUCUAUGUCUUUUGCAUGACAAUUUGGUGGCGGUAGUGGUGCACAUGCCCAAUGUUAAGACUAAAUGCAUGAGCCCUUUGCUUGAUGCCCCACAUAAAGCCAGAUUAUGGGGAGGUUGCACCCAACUUGUGCUGUUGCCUUGUAAUGUCUUGCUGUUUAUUAAUAUAGGAUAUCAAUAUCGUAGGAGACUGGACAUUAGUAUAAAAACUAAAUUGUAAUGGCAUAAUUAAAAGUCUCUGUCCAUUCUCCUUCGACUGCAGUGUCUCAGUAUCUGCUAUAUUUUGUACCUUAUUGGAAAUUCAAAGCGCGUUGUCCAUAGUAUGGUAAAGGCUCACAGACACACUAAGAUAGCUUGGUCCACUAUAAAAUUAUCUGUGGAUUCAGGGUAGCCACUAAAAGAUGGAUACCUGAGGGAGCAUGGCCACCUCAUUUGUGGAAGAUCUAUGUUUUGGCGAUUAAUGAGCACAUGUUAUAAACAGCCAGAUACUCUUAAAAUGCAAAAAGGCAAUUUUGCAUUUGAAAUGUGACUGUUUUGAAUGGUUCCAAAUGAUGUACAAAUGCUGUCCUGACUUAAUUUAUAGACAUGUCAGACAGUCUGAAAAACUUCCCAUCUAAAUAGGAUUGACUGCCACUUGCAGUACUGCAAAUAAAUAAAUAAAUAAAUAAAAAGUGAAUUAUAUACACUAUAUAGAUUUAAUAUAUGCAAUUUUAAACUUCAUAGAGACAGCAGGAAUUGAUACUGUAAUACAGUGUGUCCAAACCCUCUCAAGGUCAAAUAUUACAGUUACUUCACUGUAAGGUUAGUUUGUGAGACUACCUCAAAGUGAGCUUAUUACUUUACUAUGGUGUUAGCACUGCUUCUCUCCCAUUAUGCCUAACUAAUGUUUUAUGUUUUUCUCAUUUCCUCAUUUCAUAUCCUUUCGACGCACACUGGAAGAAAUGUCAAAAAGAGAAGGUACGAUCCAAAUCAACAAGGUCCUAUCUGAAGGAACUUUCCUGGAAAAGCUUCUUCUUGCACUACUAGAUUCUGGGUGUGGAGUCUUUACUGUCACUGUGCAGGAACUCAAUCAAUAAAGAAGAACAUUAGAAAUGGUAAUGACUAAAGUUGGGUUGCUGGGGAUGGAGUGAAGGAACACUGUCUUUUUUGGAGAUAAGUUCAAAUACUCCCUUCCUUUCAUCUUUCUCUUAAAAAAAAAACCGUGAAGGACAACUAUUUAUUUUUUGGGGUUUUUUUUUCCAAAGAAAGAAAGAAGGGGGAAACCAACCAAGUGCAAUAAGAGAACUGUUUCAAAAUAGUAAAAUAGAAGAUUUUUUCCCCUAGCCUGCUGGCACUAACUUGAGUUCGCAUGACUUUUUUUUUUCAUAUUAAAUGACAAAUUCCAGUGGCAUGAGCAGCUAAUUUUGGAAAGGGUAAACUGCAUGGCAUAUAUACAACAAACAAACAAGCUAGCAAGCCAGCCCGCACAAGUUCUGCACCCAAAUAUAUACAGAGAAGAAAACAACAAAACACAGAAUGCAGAGGUGGUGAUAUUAGGCUCUUCUUAUGAAAUCUUCUUCCACCAGUGCAGUGCAUUCUUUCUCUCCCUGUUCUGUGGAUUCAUUGUCUCUGUUCUUUUAUCUCCUGGACUAAAAUUCCUUUGGGCAUGGGAGCUAUUGUUUUUGAGCAGUGAUAAUAUAUAAUUCUUCUAUAGAAAGAAAAAAUGUAUAUAUGGAAAUAAGAGAUUGACAUAUAAUUUUCACAUAUCUUUAUUGAAGGAUUUCCUUAGAAAGGUUCUAUUCUCUGUGUAAAUCUAUUUUUGGUGGUUUAAUUUUGCUCCCCUUUUACUCUUUCUAGCAUGUUGUUUAGCGGGUUUUCUGGGCUUGCUCAAAAAAGGCAGCUGUAGCAUGCAGAUCCAGGGAGUUCUGGCACCAAACAGGUGUGAUCUAAAGUUUGUAUGCUUGAAACCAAAAACCAAACCAUAUUAAAAUGUGUAAAUGCAUAUGUAUUUAAUAAGUCUCUUUUGAAUUACUUUUUUGGCUGUCAUGCAGAUUUUCUGUAUCUAAUAUAAGAAAAUUGACACCAUCUCAAAUUAAUCACAAAAGUGCCAAGUUCAUAUCUUUUUAAUUUUAACAACUAUUUUCCUUCAUCUAGCUUUUCCAAGUGAAAGGAAAACAAGCUUAAGUAAGCCUUAAAAUAUUCACAAAAUGCUGAAAGCUUGAAACAAGCUAAGGCUUUCCCUUUUAGUCCAUUUUCCCACCCAUUCUCCUCUCUCCCUUCCUCACAGGCUUGUAAAGAUGAUCCAAACAUCCGAGUCACUCUGAGUUUCCCUCUUUAGUACCUAUCACCUUUCAAAGUACAAUCUGGAGAGAUACUACUUCUGCUAUGGAUGGUUACUGUCACUCUUAGGGUUUGUUCAGAUUUCACUUCCGAGGGUUGGCACAUUAAUGAUAUUACUUGUAUGUUCACACAUGGGGCACAGUCCAGUCCACUGACAAAGUGGAAGGGCUCCCAUUAACUUUAACAGGCAUUGGACUUGGGCCUUGGUGAACUGGGCAAAGAAAAGUUUUAGAGCCUGAUCAUAAUUCUACUUACUCUGGUUUUACACUAGUAACUUGACAGGAUUCAACGGAAUUACCUCUUAUUUAUAUUAGUAUAAAUGAGAGGGAGUUAGUCCUAUAACUCUAACUCCAUUUGGGUCUUAUAUUUCAUUUUCCUGACUUUCAUUUUCCUUGUUCAAAUGUUGAGUCAGUUUCUGGAUUUAACUUUAAAAGCAACUGAUGGAAAUACUAGGAAAAAAUUAGCGUUGCAAUUACUAUAAUUUUUUUUUUGCUUUACUUUGUUCAAUAAAAUAUUUUUGCCUCCAAACAUAUUUCAAACUCUUUCAGAUUGGAUAUUGUAAGAGAAGUCUUUCCCAUGAAAACUAUAUUGUUUUGCAGACAAUAUAGUUAUUUGUCAAAUGAUGUUUUAGAUAACAUGAUUUUGUUAAAGCUACCACUGUUGUUGCAUUAUGAGUAAGAGGUACUACACUUAGGUAGUAUGUGUUGAUAUAGAUCUACUCCAUAUUGUGAUAACAGGGUUAUUUACAGCAUUAUUUCAACAUUAUCUGACUUCAGGGCAAGAGUUUUGGUUGUAUUAAUGUUCAAUGACAAUGAGUACUUGUAAUUUUGAGGGGAACUCAAAGUACUUGCUUUGUAGUAUUGCCCACUGGUACUUUGUUGCUUAUUUCCACUUUGCUACUGCAUAUGGAAGAUAUAAUACUCUCUGGCAGGUACUAAACUGCACAUUUUGGUUCUACUGCAGAAUCAAUGUGGUAACUACAGUAGAAAUGCCACUGUGGUUACAAAAUCAAUUAGGUGUCUAAUGUAACUACCUGUAUAAUAAAACUUUGAUGAUAAGCAUUUCACAAAUAACAUUGUAAAUGUGCGAUGUGAUGUUUUUAAUCAGACCACAGUGGUCCCCAAAUAUUAUGUACAUAUGGUAAGUGUUGGUGUAACUUUUUGUUACACUAGCAAUUUCAUAGGAAAUAUGAUUUCUUGACUGAAUUUAUGCUCCACUGUUUAGCUGUGUGCGUGUAUGUGUAAAACACACAAGCAUUAUGCUCUGUAUGUACAGGAUGUAAAUGACAUCACAUAACUCACAAAAGUGGAUUCUAACAAAUCUUUUCUGUGGUACUAGGGUUAUGUAGUCUUAACCAUUUAGCUAGAUAUUGUUGAUUUUCUAAGCCAUUCAUUUGCCACAUUUAGUAUUGUACACAUGCUACUUACAUUAAUUUAUCAUAACAAGUGUCACAAUUUAAUAUUAAUAGAGUAAACGUUAAGCAAUGACAAGUCCCCAUUUCACCCACUAUAUUUUUGCUCCACUAUAUGAUUCAUCUUGACAAGAAAAUUAUGAUAACUAUACAGAUCUUACUGGUAUGCUGCAUGAUCCCACUGAACUGACCUAAUCCUUUUAUAAGAGAGCUCUAUGAGGUAAAUUAAAUAUACUGUAGGUGCAUGUUAAAAAAUAAAUUACAUAGAACUAGAGUUUUAUAAAGUUUUCUUUACUAUGCAAAGAUGGAUAUUGCACAAACAAAAUUUAAAGACAAAUGUCUGAGGAACUUUACAAAGUAAUACUUGAAUUUAUUUUUGUUUGAAAGCCUGUCAACCAUGUUUUAUAUUCAUUGUUGCUUCCACUAUUAAUCUUCCUUUUUUAAAAUGAUUUGUAAAUAUUUUUUAAGUGCACAAUAUGAUGAUAUGAGCCAGUUUUUGUUUGGAGUUAAUGCUCAUUCAUAUCUUGUUGGCUGCUGAUGAAUGGAAAUUUAAUAGACAUUGUUCUGCAACUCUUAGUAAAAUGAGUAUUAAAAACAUCAUGAACAUGGAA